AUGGGAUGCAGCGCUUUAUGCAAAGUGAAUGUGAAGUUCAUAGAAUCUGAAGGAGAAACCACCUCGCGCAAUGUAUCAAAUAAUCAAUUACUUCGAUCCGACGAAACGAAUAGGCCGGUAGUAAAAGAAUCAAAUAACACAUUAAACUUCGAUGCGGAUGGCAAAGUUUACAAGAUCAAAGUGUCAUUUGUGGGGACUCCUAAUUCAUCACGAGUUUUGCCAUAA